AUGAAGAAAACAAAACAUAUCCUAUACUUACCGAGAGAAAACAUAAUGGCGGAUCUCAAUGAAGUCAUUCCGACAAUAGACUUGAAAGAGGUUCCAGAUGAGAAGUUGAACCAGCAAAUACGUGAGGCGAGUGAGAGAUGGGGAUGUUUCAAGGUGAUCAACCAUGGAGUUUCUUCGUUUUUGUUGUCUGAGAUGAAGAAAACUGUUACAGAUCUCCAUGAACGUCCACACGAGGUGAAAAUACGAAACACUGCUGUGAUACUAUCAAGUGGUUACAUACCUAGAAGUGAGUUAAAUCCUCUUUAUGAAUCAUUCGGUCUUUUUGACGUCGCCUCUCCUGAAGCGAUCAAUAACUUUUGUGACAAACUUGAGGCCUCUGCUGAACAAAGAGAGAUCAUAAUGAAGUAUGGCAAAGCUAUGAAUGGUCUUGCAAAAGAUUUAACGAGGAUGUUAGCAAAGAGUUAUGAAUUAGAGGAUCCUGAUAUAUGCAAAGAAUGGCCGAGCCAGUUUCGGAUGAACAAAUAUCAUUUCAAUCCUGAAACUGUUGGUCAAAGUGGUGCUAUAACACACACGGAUCCUGGAUUUUUAACAAUUGUUCACGGUGAUGACAAUGUUUGUGGACUUGAGGCCAUGGACCAUUCUUCAGGAACCUAUUUCCCCAUAAACACGUCACCAAACACACUUACUGUCAACCUUGGUGACAUGGCUAAGAUAUGGAGCAAUGGGAGGUUGUGCAAUGUGAAGCAUAGAGUGAAAUGCAAAGAAGCAAAAAUGAGGAUUAGUAUCGUCACCUUCCUAUUAGUACCAAUGGAUGAAGUUGUUGAGCCUCCGAGUAAAUUUGUUGAUGCUGAACAUCCACGUCUAUACAAGCCUAUCAGCGAUGGAGAACUAAGAAAGAUUAGGCUCAGCAGCAACAUGCAUGACGGCGAAUCUCUCCAGUUUAUAACCCUCAAAUAAUUAUAUGACCUUUAUGCAAUAAGGAGGUUGUCAUAACUCAUACAAAUCAAAACCUAUAUGGGUCAUGGGUGGUGGCUCCAAGAAAUGUUUUGUUUUCCCCUAAUAAGAGUUACAAAUAGAGAUGAAUCUCUUACGAUUAUUAUUGUGUAAUAUAAUGAUUAUAUGAGAUAUCUUUAAAAAUCU